AUGCUGGACCUGGUGAUCCUGGAGCGCUUCCUGGCCGUCCUGCCCCCGGAGAUGCAGAGCUGGGUCAGGGAAUGCGGGCCGGAGAGCAGCUCCCAGGCGGUGGCCCUGGCGGAAGGCUUCCUCUUGAGCCAGGCACAGGACAGGGAUCAGGACCGGCAGGUGCAGGAGGAGACCGCGCAGGGGCCUUUCCACGGAGCAGCUUUUCUUGGUGGUGCCCUAAAACCGACAAUUGAUUCUUUGACAUCUCUUACUGGCAGAGAGAAAGCAACUCCCGUGCAGUCUGAUUGGGGCCUGGUGACCUUUGAGGAGGUGCGUGUCCAUUUCUCCGAGGAGGAGUGGGCUCUGCUGGAUCCGGACCAAAGAAGGCUUCACAGGGACGUCAUGGAGGACAAUUGUCAGAAUGUGGCCUCUCUGGAGCAGGAUGGUCUCCAGAGCAAGACCAUGGGAGAACUACAGCACCGCCUGCACGAUGAAAAGCAGCAGAAAAGAAACCCUGAAACCCAGUGGAAGAGUGGGAAUGAACGUUCUGUUUUUUGGGUUCCUGAAUCCCAGGUGGUUGAUCCACACCAAAAAGUUAACACAGGGGAGAAACCUCACAAAUGUUUGGAAUGUAGAGGGAACUUAGGUUGGGAGGAAAACCUUACUGGCCAUCCACAACUCAGAACAGGGGAAACACAAACACGCCUGGAAUGUGGGAAGAACUUUGCUCAGAGUUCACAGCUUAUUAUCCAUCAGCUUAUGCACACUGGGGAGAAACCAUGUAAGUGUCUGGAAUGCGGAAAGAGCUUUGCUCAUAGUUCACAGCUUACUAGCCAUCAGCGUAUCCACACUGGGGAGAAACCAUAUAAGUGCCUGGAAUGUGGAAAGAGCUUUGCUUAUAGUUCACAGCUUACUAGCCAUCAGCGUAUCCACACUGGGGAGAAACCAUAUAAGUGCCUGGAAUGUGGAAAGAGCUUUGCUUAUAGUUCAAAGCUUACUAGCCAUCAGCGUAUCCACACUGGGGAGAAACCAUAUAAGUGCCUGGAAUGUGGAAAGAGCUUUGCUUAUAGUUCAAAGCUUACUCGUCAUCAGCGUAUCCACACUGGGGAGAAACCAUAUAAGUGCCUGGAAUGUGGAAAGAGCUUUGCUCGGAGAUCAGAGCUUACUCGUCAUCAGCGUAUCCACACUGGAAAGAAACCCUAUACAUGCUUGCAGUGUGGAAAAACCUUUGCUCACAAUACAAGCCUUACUGCCCAUGAACGUAUGCACACUGGAGAGAAACCAUAUAAAUGCCUGGAAUGUGGAAAGAGCUUUGUUCGGAGUUCACAGCUUACUCUUCAUCAGCGUAUGCACACUGGGGAGAAACCAUAUAAAUGCCUGGAAUGUGGAAAGAGCUUUGUUUAUAGUUCAAAGCUUACUAGCCAUCAGCGUAUCCACACUGGGGAGAAACCAUAUAAAUGCCUGGAAUGUGGUAGGAGCUUUGCUUAUAGUUCACAGCUUACUUGUCAUCAGCGUAUCCACACUGGGGAGAAACCAUAUAAAUGCCUGGAAUGUGGAAAAACCUUUGCUCACAAUACAAGCCUUACUGCCCAUGAACGUAUGCACACUGGAGAGAAACCAUAUAAAUGCCUGGAAUGUGGAAAGAGCUUUGUUCGGAGUUCACAGCUUACUAGCCAUCGACGUAUCCACACUGGGGAGAAACCAUAUAAAUGCCUGGAAUGUGGAAAGAGCUUUGCUCAGAGUUCACAGCUUACUAGCCAUCAACGUAUCCACACUGGGGAGAAACCAUAUAAAUGCCUGGAAUGUGGAAAGAGCUUUGCUCAGAGUUCACAGCUUACUAGCCAUCAGCAUAUCCACACAGGGAAGAAACCAGUGACAACAGGAGAAACACAAAAAUGCCUGGAAUGUGGAAAGAUCUUUGCUCAGAGUUCACCACUCACUGUCCUUCAAAAAAUCCACACUGGAGAGAAACCAUAUAAAUGCUUGCAGUGCGAAAAGAGCUUUUCUCAGAGUUCACAACUUAUUAUCCAUCAACGUGUCCACACUGGCGAGAAACCAUAUAAAUGCCUGGAAUGUGGAAAGAGCUUUGCUCGGAGUGACAAGCUAGCUGCUCAUCAACGAAUCCACACUGGGGAGAAACCAUAUAAAUGCUUGGAGUGUGGAAAUAACUAUGCUCAGCGUUCACAGUUCAUAAUCCAUCUACGAAUCCACACUGGAGAGAAACCAUAUAUAUGCCUACAAUGUGGAAAGAGUUUUGCUCGGAGUGAUAGCCUAGUUGCUCAUGGACGAAUCCACACUGGGGAAAGACCAUAUAAAUGCCUGGAGUGUGGAAAGAGCUUUGCUCGGAAUGAUAGCUUAGCUGCUCAUGGACGAAUCCACACUGGAGAGAAACCAUAUAAAUGCUUGGAGUGUGGAAAUAGCUAUACUCAGCAUUCACAACUUGUUAUCCAUCAACGAAUCCACACUGGGGAGAAACCAUAUAAAUGCUUGGAGUGUGGAAAGUGUUUUGCCCAGAGCUCAAAGCUUACUAUCCAUCAGCGUUGCCACACUGGAGAGAAACCAUAUAAAUGCUUGGAGUGCGGAAAGAACUUUGCUCAGAAUACAGAGCUUACUGUUCAUCUACGAAUCCACACAGGAGAGAAACCAUAUAAAUGCUUACAGUGUGGAAAGAGCUUUGCUCAGAAUCCACAUCUUACUGCCCAUCAACGCUACCAUACUGGGGAGAAGCCAUAUAAAUGCUUGGAGUGUGGAAGGAGCUUUUCUCAGAAUAGAGAGCUUACUGUCCAUCAACGAAUCCAUACAGGGGAGAAACCAUAUAAAUGCUUGCAGUGUGGAAAGUGCUUUGCUCAGAGUUCACAGCUUACUAGCCAUCAACGCUACCACACAGGGGAGAAACCAUAUAAAUGCUUGGAGUGUGGAAGGAGUUUUGCUCAAAAUACAGAGCUUACUGUCCAUCAACGAGUCCACACAGGGGAGAAACCAUAUAAAUGCUUGCAGUGUGGAAGGAGCUUUGCUCAGAGUUCACAGCUUACUAGCCAUCAACGUAUCCACACUGGGGAGAAACCAUAUAAAUGUUUAGAAUGUGGAAAGAGCUUUGCUCGGAAUAACAACCUAGCUGUACAUGGACGAAUCCACACAGGGGAGAAACGAUAUAAGUGCUUGGAGUGUGGAAAAAGUUUUGCUCAAAAAACACACCUUACUGUCCAUCAGUGUAUCCAUACUGUGGACAAACCACACAAAUGCAUGCAAUGCGGAAAGAGCUUUGCUCAGAGCUCAAAGCUUACUAUCCACCAGCGCUGUCAUACUGGAGAAAAACCAUAUAAGUGCCUCGAAUGUGGAAAGAGCUUUGCUUGGCUUAACAGCCUGGCUGGUCAUCGACGAAUCCACACUGGGGAAAAACCAUAUCAUUGCUUGCACUGUGGAAAGAGUUUUACUCAUGGUUCACAUCUUAUUGUUCAUCAACGAAUCCACACAGGGGAAAAACCAUAUAAAUGCUUGAAUUGUGAAGAAAGUUUUUCUCGUAAUGACAAGCUAAAAACCCAUCAACGAUUGCACACAGGGGAGAGUAGUCACAUAAAUGCUUGGCCAUUUGGAAAAGGUUUGCCCAAAAGAAAUAUAUUAAAGUGCACAGAGAAUUAACACAGGAUGUUAAGCAUAUAAAUGGUAAACUGUGUUUUGCAUCUGAUAAUUCACACAGGAGAUAAAGCAUACAAACGUUUUCAAUGUUGCAAGAUCUUCCGCCUUAAGAUCAGCCACUUCAAAUAUCGUCGUCUAGAGUUUUUGUGUCAAAUGGUGGUGUUUUGGUUCGGCAGAAUUUCUUAAGGUUAUGAUUAUGUUCUCAGUGGGAUACUAUCGUUGUAUGGUUGUGUGUUAUUCCUGCUGUUAUCCACCCUGACCCAUGUUCAUGGGAGUGGGUGGAAUAUAAAUAAAAUAUUAUAUGAAAUUGCA